CAACCAGUGUGUAUAAGCCGGAAUUGUUUACACGGUUAUGACGUAUUGUUUGCAUUAAAGAAAUACAGUACCAGUGAAAACACAGUGCCGUAGUGUACUUUGAACAGUCGAUGUUUGUGAGAGUUGAAAUCUACAGUGAUUAACCAAGUUUCAUUCUUUCAAUAUCCGUGUGUUUGAUCGUCUGCGAGAAAAUUCCCCUCAGAAUUUGAGAUUGUUUCGGCUGGCAAAAUGAGACAUAAACUACCAGCAUGCUAUGGAUUUAUGCUUUUUAUUGUAUGCUGUUUAAUAUUAGUGGUUAAAACUCGAUCAGAAAAUAGGAUUGUCUAUUCGAAAAAUACUGAAUUUGAACGCGAACGUGAAGUAAGUCCGAUUCACAGAAAACGCAGAGAAGUUCGGCCAGAUAUCAAUGAAGACGUCUAUGAGAACGCAACGAUUGGAUUUGUAGUUUAUACAUUCAACAAUACGAUAAACAAUCGAUAUGUAAUGAAAAAUUAUAACCCUCGAUUUGAAGUGAGCGGUAAUGAAGUUAUUGUUAAAGAACAGCUAGAUUAUGAGACUUCACCAGAAGAAACAGUGACGGUUGUAUACUGGAAUUCAAAUGCACCAAGCACUUCGGAUGAAGUCAGCAUAAUAAUCACAAUCCUGGACGUUAAUGAGCCACCAGAGUGGACUAUGGAGUAUGAGCCGUACCUUGCCGUUACUAAGCUGAACGUAGUGAACGGCGUCAACAUUUACACACUUUCGGCGCAAGAUCCUGAGGACCCAAGUGCCGAGAUCGUGUAUGAGCUCUUCAUUGACGAAAGCAAGAUGUUUGCUGUUAAUCCAGUAACAGGCUAUAUAUAUAUCGACAAACAGCCAGGGGCUUCUUUUGAAGACAAUAAGGAAUACACUUUAACUGUAACUGCCUAUGAAAAAUCUGACAUGUCCAUGGGCAACUCAGCCGAUGUCAAAGUGAAAGUGGGAGAGCGCCCUCCUCAGUUCACAAGCGACUCUUAUACUUUGACAGUUUCGGAGGACACUAGUGUUCCAGUAAACCUAAUUACCGUAAAAGCAAAAUCUUUUGAUCGUUCGGAAACUGUAUCAUAUACUAUUGAAGAGCAGCCUACAGGAAUUGAUCACGUGAUUGAUAAAGAUGGGGUAAUAACUCUGAAAACGAAACUAGACAGAGAAACAUUCGGCAGCUAUGUGCUCAGAAUAAAAGCAGCUGAUAGCCAUGGAGAAAGUAUAUCUGUGGUACACAUUAAUAUACUGGAUGUUAAUGACAAUGGUCCUGUGUUUACUCAGUUCGUUUACCAUUUUCGAGAUAUUUCGGAAGGUGUUGGUCUUGAUACUAGUGUUGGCCAAGUUGUUGUCAGUGAUGAAGAUGGCAAGUUUUAUGGAUCAGUUUUACUGUCAAUUCCGGUUGGGGAACCAUUCAGAAUCGAUGAGGAUGGUAAUAUUUAUCCUACAAGCAAGUUGGAUUAUGAAUCUAAUCCUGUGUACGAUUUUGUUGUCACUGCUGUUGACCUUGGUGGUAAAUCAAGUACAGCAUCAGUUCGGAUUGAUCUCUUGAAUAUUAAUGACAUGAGCCCGAUAUUUAGUGAGUCUAGCUAUGCGUUUGAUGUUGAUGAUACAGUCGAGGAAGGUUACAAGAUCAAUACCGUUUAUGCAUCCGACCCAGAUGGUGAUUUGGUGACAUUUUCUAUUGAAUCAUGCGGUCAAUGCCUGUUUGUUAUCGAUAGCAAGACAGGUGUUAUCAGCCGCUCAUCUGUGUCUGAUAAUCUGGAUAAAGCUUCGUACAGUUUUACUGUUGUAGCUAGUGAUGAUGGUACUUGCUGUUCGGGUGCUGUAACCAAUUCUGCUAAAACAAACGUAACUAUAAGUAUCAACGACAUUAACGAUAAUGUUCCUGUGUUUCCUGAUUGCAAUUCUUACUCCCCGUCUAUUCCAGAAAGAUCGCCAAGACUGUCAUCAGUCCUCAUAGUUACAGCCACCGAUGCUGAUCCAGGUGUAAAUGGGGAGAUAACAUUUGAACUAAAAGAGAACGACUUAAAACGAGGCUAUUUUGAAAUUGAAGAUCUUGGUAGUGGUCAAGGCUUAUUAAAAACAAAAAGGGAAUUUGAUCGGGAGGUAGAUGAAUCAUUUUCGCUGACGUUGCUAGCGGAGGAUUCUGCUAAAUAUGGGCUGACAGGUUUCUGCCAGAUAACAGUUAUUGUCAAUGAUACAAAUGAUGAAUUUCCUGAGUUGAGCCCAAGUCAAGUGACCAUUCCACGCUCACUAACAGUGAACAGUGUUGUAACAAAUAUAGAGGCAUUUGAUCCAGACCUGGAAGACAUUGAGAAAGGUCUGAUAUACACGUUGGAGGACCCUAGCAAUGAGUUUUAUUUGGAUGCAGAUGGUACUCUUAAAGUUAAAGCUUCACUUGCUUCAGCUCCAUCGGAUAUUGAACUAUCCGUAAAGGUAACUGACCAAGCAGGCCAAGAUCAAACAGGGACGGUUGAAAUCACUCUUAUUGAUGGACAAGUGGAUGCUCCCACCUUUACAGUACAGCAACUCAUUGUUGAUGUACCUGAGGAUAAGCCAAUAGGUGAAGAGGUAUUCACAGUUACAGCGACUUCACCUGAUCAAUCAACAAUAAUAUACAUCAUAAUUCCUGGUAAUACUCCUGAAACAAAUAAUCCCAGACAAUUCUCGAUUGACCAAGGCACAGGAUCUGUGACCGUGUUCGGUGAUAACUUGGAUUAUGAAAAAGUGCAAAGUUAUGAUCUCCUGAUUCAAGCAACUGAUUCAAAUACCCAAUUAGCAAGCUACCUGACUGUAGUAGUCAACAUCGAGGAUAGAAAUGAUCAAACACCAGAAUUUGACUUGAGUGAGUAUGUAGCAAACAUUGAGGAGGGAGAUUACACAGGUCAAAAUAAACUGGUGGUGACAGUGCAUGCUGAGGAUGCUGAUACAGUACCAAUAUAUAAGAUGGUACUUUACGAACAGGAUCCAAUGGAAUAUAAUUCUUUAUUUGAUGUUAAUCAAGCCAAUGGAGAAAUAAGAACAAGCGGGACAUUUGACCGAGAAAAUAAUGCAUUGUAUCUCAUCUAUAUCCUAGCGAAAGAUAAUGCCCCUUCUUCUAUUUCACCAAGUGAACCAAAUAUAGCUAAAAUUAUAGUAACGGUCCAUAUCAUUGAUAGGAAUGAUAAUAAUCCGACAUUUCCGAAUGCUGCAUAUUCAGCUAGUGUUGCUGAGAAUGCCAAAAGUGGAUACUCCAUUGAAACGGUCACUGCUGUUGAUAUUGAUGAAGAUAGUGUAUUGAACUACCUGAUUGCUGGUGGAAGGACAUUACCCGAUAUGUUACCUUAUCAAAGUGCUGUAUUUCAGGUAGAUUCUGAGACAGGAACUAUAAAGGUCGCAGCUAGCCUAGACUUUGAAGCAGUUCAGACUUAUGAGCUGGAAUAUAUUGUUACCGAUGGUUUACAUGAGAACACUACAAAACUUACAAUCAACAUCCUGGAUACAAAUGACAAUUCACCUGAGUUUGUUGACGACGUUUAUAGAAGCUCAAUUACAGAAGAGGAAGAUAGUGUAGCCUUCCCAUUUGAUGUUUUAACAGUGUCAGCAACAGAUGCUGAUGCUGAUUCUGGAACAAUCCGGUAUUCCCUCAAAGGACACGACAGUAAUUACUUCGCGAUUGAUUCAACAUCUGGAAUGAUAACACUUCUUCGAUUUUUAGACUAUGAAUACAAAACAGAAUGGCAUUUCAUUGCUGAAGCAACAGAUGAAAACGGAGCAGGACUGACUGGCGUCACUGAUGUACUCAUCUCAGUGACUGACAUCAAUGAUAAUCCUCCUGAAUUUAACCAGGCAUCAUAUGAAGGUGAAAUAGCAGAAAAUGCUGACAUUAGCACAUACGUGAUGACAGUGAGUGCUACAGAUGCAGACUCGCCAGCUCAGUCAAACAAUAAAUAUACCCUUGAACCGCUGUCUGAGUCUGACUUGCCUAGUGAUGGCGUUGAUGGAAUUUCUUCAUUUAGAAUAGAGCAGGAUGGUGAUAUCUUUACGACUAUCGAACUGGAUCGUGAGAUAAUUGACAAAUACUAUGUACUGGUAAAAGCUGAGGAUCAAUCUACCUCUGAGUCAGCUACUGCAACUGCAACAAUUAUCGUCUUAGAUGUGAAUGACAAUGCGCCAGAAUUCUACUUAGAUCCUUACAGUCAAUCAGUUUUAGAGUCACUGCCUGUUGGUGAUAAAGUUGUGGAUAUUUUCGCGACUGAUGAAGAUAUCGGAGUUAAUGCAGAAUUAAAAUUUACAUUUUUGUCUGGGAAUGAAGGGUCAGAAUUUGGAAUUACUCGAAACCCAGUAAAUAAGCAAAAUGCUGUGAUCUACUUAAUGAAGGAACUAGACUUUGAGACAACAGUUAAGUACGAUCUGGUUAUUGAAGCAAGUGAUCAGGUUUUCGCCGACACUGCUACUGCUACGAUCAACGUAGUUAAUGUAAAUGAAGCACCUGUGUUCGGACAAGAAACAUAUUUCAAAAGUGUUGUGGAGAAUAAUAUGUCAAAUCCAUUCAUCACUGUGUCAGCUUCAGAUGUAGAAGGAGAUGAUAUAAGUUAUGAAAUUGACCCAGCUACCAAUGUAGAAAAAUGGCUGGCCAUUGAUUCAGACACAGGAAUUGUAACUCAAGAUAAACCAUUUGACCGGGAAGACAGUCCUACUCACAAUUUCAGAGUCUGGGCAAUAGAUAAUGGGAGCCCACCUGCGACUGGCUCUUGCACAAUAAGUGUCACAGUGAUCGAUGUCAAUGAUGAAUGUCCACGUCUUGAGGAUGACUACAAACCAAAGACAAUGGAGAACCAAAAGCCACCUCAGGUAGUUGAGAUUAUAACAGCCAAGGAUCCAGAUGAGGGUGUGCAAACACCAUAUAAAUUCAGUAUUGUGAAUGGUGAUGUCAAGGAAGGGCAGUACACUGUCAAUGAAGCUUUUGAGUUGGAAACUAUUAGUGAUACAUCAGCAGAAAUUAGAACCCGCAAGGAAUUUGACCGGGAGUCACAGAAAUUUUAUGAAAUGGAGAUCAAAACUGAGGACAAUGAGGGUAUAUCAUGUACUUCAACUGUAACAAUUGAAAUUGGGGAUGAGAACGACAAUCCGCAUCAGGCUGGUGAAAAAUCAAUGGCUGUCUUUACAUAUGAAGGCGGCACAUCCACAGGUGUGGGGACAAUACCUGUGGGACCGGUUAACUCACCUGAUCCAGAUGAUGAUGAUUUGGAUGAAAAAACAUUUACCAAGCUUAAUGAAGAUGAUUGGGUUUUCUUUGAUCUUGACACUGACACUGGGGUUAUCCUGAUAAAAGAAGGGACUCCAGAUGGAAUCUAUAAAAUGGAGAUCCUAGUGCAAGAUAAUAAGUUCCCAGACCAGAUAUCCACGGUGACCGUUACAGUUACUGACUUGCCAGAGGAAGCUGUCUAUAACUCAGGUUCUAUGAGAAUGUCUGGGGACUCCCAGUUCAAUGCAGCAGAGUUUGUUCGGGAACCGAACAGCAUCUAUAACACCCUGCGAACUACCCUAGCUGAAAUUCUUGGAACGCCGGAAGGCAAUGUGGAUGUUUUUAGUGUUAUGGAUGUUGAAGGUAAAAGCAAUAUGGUCGAUGUUCGAGGACUCUCUGCACGUGAACUCUGGUUCCAACGGGACCAAUUCACUAACGAACAAAUUGAUUUCAGUGACCUCCAACUUAUCUCUCAACAGCACCAACAGCGACAGGACAAUCACCCCUACAGUGAGAAGUCAAAAAAUACUGCCCAAGUGCCACCGGCGAUCCCCGACCUAUAUGUAGGAGAUCUCGUUUAUUUACACAAGGAUCUAGAUAAGUCUAAGGCCCGAUCCAGGUAUCUCAUUGCUUCCAUUGAUGGAGAUUGGUGCAACAUUCGAAAGUUCAGUGGCACCCAACUUCGAUCUAAUACCUACAGGGUUAAGAAAACUGAAUGCUUUAAGGUCCCCCCGUACGUUCCACUUCGUACAUCUGUACUUCCACCAUGUCCGCCCAUCGAGUCUUAUACUCCUCUCACACCUCCAGUCACACCUAUUGCUCUUACGCAUGAUACACCAACUGUUCUUCCUGUUUCAAGUGAGUUAAUGCCAGCUCAGUCUCUGCCUGCUGGAGUGCCUGCAGCAUCACCAGCCGAGCAAGUUCUCCCUGAUACCGUUCAUGACUCUAAUUCUGUGACCCCCACCCCCUGUGACGGGUCCCCUGGAGACACCUGUAUUACCCCCUCGACAUUUCCCACUCCGGCUGACAAACUGAUUUCUCCUCCUCCCCUCAGGCGAUCCUCUAGACAACGUCACACUCCCACUACCGUGUGUGUAAUUUCAUUUAAGUCGAAUCUAGCCUACUGGCGAAGAAGUAAAUUUAUUUUUAAGAUGUUUUGUAUAUUUCACAGCUGUACAUGUCCUACUGGGUUUGAAGGUGGAAGAUGCGAGAUGACAAAGCGCAGCUUUGAGGGAGGGAAAAGUUACGCUUGGGUGGAGACACUUGAACAGUGUGAAGAGACAGUUGCCUCGAUAGAGUUCAUUACUGAUGUAUUGGAUGGCACUCUGUUUUACAAUGGGCCAAUGCAAAAAAAUGCAAACCAGAGGGAUUUUAUUCUGCUUGAGUUAGUGGGAGGUCGGCCUAGACUACAGCUGAAUCUUGGCGAUAAUACUGUUGAACUGGCCUUCAGCAGCAAUGAUUUAAAUCAAUUGAAUGAUAAUGUUUGGCAUACCUUGGAAAUCAGAAGAAAUGCCCAGUAUGUAGAGAUGGUUGUGGAUCACUGCAAGUCAGCAGUUGUAGUAGAAAACAGUGGAACAAGCACUAUUGAUGCAACAAGCUGUAUGGUCAACAAAACUGUACCAGGAAACAGCAAGCUUCUGAAUUUGAACACACCACUCCAAAUUGGUGGAGUAGACACAGAGUCUCCUUGGGUGUAUGACCAUCUGGAUUCAACCCCAUCUGGAUUUGACGGGUGUGUUCGAAAUCUGAUUCAGGAUGGAAAAUUGUAUGAUUUAAGUGAUAACAACGUAGGAACGUCAUUCUACAAUUCACAACAAGGUUGCCCUCGUACCGAUGAAAAUUGCAUCGACAACACGGACGGAACAUCAUUGUGUAAGAAUGGUAUUUGUGAUGCGGAUACCAAGACUGGAGUAUGUAUCUGCUACCCAGGAUACACCGGAGAUAAAUGUGAUCAAGAGACAACACCGUAUGACUUUGCAUUAAACAGCUUUGUUGAUUACACUGUGAAACCUGCUGCUGAACUGGACACAUCAGGAUAUGAAGAACAUUACCACUCAAUGGUUCGAACGUGGAAAGAAACCGGACUUGUGUGGUAUAUUGCUAACCUGGACACAGGGGAACACACUACUAUCGACAUGGUUGAUGGUACGUUGAGGCUUCGCUAUAACCAUGGAGAAGGUGAAUAUAGCAUGAGCCUUCCCAACUACAGAAUGAAUAAUGGAGCAUGGCACAGUGUUGAGUAUGAUCGCUAUGGUAACUAUGUGACGUUGAAAGUUGACAGAGGUGGUGGGACUAGACAGGUGGAAGGAUCUCCUGGAACGUACCAGCAUAUUAUAGUGAAUCCAGAGUCUCUACGAAUUGGCGAUUUAUUCGGGAAUGAAGUUAUACUGCAGGACUUCCAAGGUUGUAUGAAUGAUCCACGAAUUAAGAACCACUACUUAGGUUUCUCAUCCUCUUCAUACGCUGAUGUGACAUCGUCAAAUAAUGUCACUGAGGGUUGCAUAAGUGAUGCAUGCAAUGGCGUGACUUGCGAUCCUCCGUUUGUUUGCAAUGACAUAUGGCGACAAUAUGAAUGCACUUGUCCUGCUAACACUGGAGGUGAAUCUUGUACUGUGACCUGUGACCCUAACCCUUGUCAAAAUGGUGGUAAUUGCAUUGAAGAAAAAGGUGGUGCUGUUUGCAUCUGUCCAAAGGGUUAUUCUGGCGAUUUUUGCGGAAUGGGAGAAAGGACUGGUGGGAAUGGUUUAUCAGGAGCAGUGAUUGCUAUAAUUUGCAUCUGUUUAUUAUUUUUUAUAGUCUUGCUGGUUCUUUUACUAUUGUAUAAAAAUCAAAACUUGCGGCGGAAGAAGGCAAUUCUGGAAUAUGAAAAUGACGACCUAGCGGAGCACUUGGCAUACUACGACGAAGAAGGUGGUGGGGAGGAGGAUCACGCUGGGUAUGAUAUUGGUACGUUGAGUAAGCCCAUUGAUCAAGUUGAGGGAAGUGUCGGAAGCCUAGAAAAAUCUAGAAUUCCAGUGUCUGCUGUGCCAGUUGGAAAUGCUAAACCAGAUGAGUCUGUUAAAGUGGCUGGCCUGUUUGAUGAUCGCCUGCCGAAGGUUGACGACGACCCUGACAACUCACCUUUGGAUAGUCUACAUUUGUACGACUACGAAGGAGAGGGUUCCACCGCAGGCUCACUAAGCACGAUCAACAGCUGCAGCACCGAUUCCUCCCAAGACUUUGAAUAUCUCAGCAAUUGGGGGCCGCAGUUCAAAAAACUUGCAGACAUGUACGGCGGGGGGGAAGACUGAGAGAUCUAAGUCUCAUUGAUGAUUGAAUUUAUUUACAUUCUUACGUGCCUUUUGCUAGUUUACUAAAAAAAAAGUUUAUUCGCUUUUACUUCUCAGCCGAAUAAAGUAAUCUAGCUAUAAUUAUUUAAUGCACACAUCAAAUUGUGAUGGGCAUAAUCACCAAAGAUUUUAUAUUUUCAUUUAGUUGCAUUAGUGAUUGUUAUAAUAAUAUGUAAUUAGUGUAAUUUUUGAGGGCACUAGUUGAAUAAAUGUGAAGCAAAAGAGCCAUUAGUGCAUUUAAAAUGCACUAAUUUUUUCUAAUCAAGACCCAAAAAUCUUUUCAUUAAUUUGCUUAAAAAGUGAAUCAUGCUUGUUUCUAAACAUUAAAUGUACAUAUUUAUGUGUAUGCACAAACCCUUGAAGGUGUGCAAAAGCUUAAAACUUUAUUGCUUAGCGCUAUUGGCUUACCUAGCCAUGUUGAGCCCAGGAUUUCUAGCUAUUUGUUUUGCAGAUCCAAAAUCCAUAUACACAGCGUCAACAUAUGCCAUUCAAUAGAUAUUAGUCUACAAAAUAAUUAAAGAACUACUAUUAUUUAAAACUGAAACUCAUUUUUAGGCAUUGGUGAAUAUUUGGGGUGUUUUAUGUAGUGUAUGAGUUAACAUAUGUUAAUUAUAUGCAAGUUUAUGUUUUUGUUUGUAAGAUGAGAGUAUUAAAAAGUUUGUAUUGUUGCUUAUUGUAGUACACAGUUAAAUGUUUUAAAUGUUAAGUUUAAUAUUAGGUGUAUACUGUUGCUUUGAUAAUUUGUAGUACUAAUAAAGUGCAGUAUACUGUAUCAUUAUCAUCUUUACUUGGAUGUCAGUAUAUCCAGCUUUUAUCCCUUGAUGCAUUCUUUGUCUCAUCCUAAACUAAUUCCAUGAGUGUUUCCAGUUCUUUUAAGUAAGUACGGGCAAGGUCUUCCUCACUUUCUUCCUCCAGGAAUUGGCUCCAAAAGGAGAUUUUAUAUGACUAUAGUGAAUAACUUUCUGGCUUGAAGUUUGUUUGAAAUACCUUUUUUUUAAAUUUGAUUUGCAAAAAAACUAAUGAAAAGUUUUAAUGGUGUAUGCACUUCCUUCUUUUCAUGUAAUAAACCAAUUCCAUAAUUAAAUAAAAGUUUUAUAAUAAGGGAUAUGAACAUGAGUACAGUAAUAUAUUUCAAUUUCUAAUGUUGUACUGUAUAUUUUAAGCAAAUUAAUACUGUAGUUUCCAACCGAAUAUUGAACAGGAAAUUCUCUUGCUAAUUUCCAAAAGUACCGUUCUUGUUUUUGCUUAAACCCUUAAACUAACUGAAAUCAAUUUUGUGGAUUUUUGUUUUGAAAAUGUAAAUAUGACAAUGAUCAAUAAUGAAUGAUAAUUGCGUAAGGAAAUUGUUUUGUCAAUCAAAUUUGCCAAAUUCCUUUAUAUUUCACGGACUGCUGCCAUGCCCAUGUUUUGUCUCAUAGUUAUGCCGCUGAUGGUAUCCAUAUUUUUAACUGAGUGUAUCUUAAGCCUAUUUCAUGUAUUUAUGUUUAUGAUACAUGUGUAAAUUGUUACUGGCUUCAGCUUAUUAUAGUCCAAGUGAGGAUUGGAUUUAUCUGCUUCCAGCUUUCAAAUUUGCCAUUUGUCCAUCUUUGCAAUACUAAUUAAACUAGGGAGCUAUUAAUAUGAAUAGGGCCAUGAUUAAACUAUUAAAUAUAUAAAUGUAAAUAUAUAUCAUUCGUAAUGAUAGAGCAUUUAAGCUUUCUCCACAAUGCAAUGGGUUUGCCCAUAAUUGUAUGGGUGUUGUAAGAAUCAUCAUGCCAUAUUUGAGAAUGAUAUGACAUGAGCAUACCCAUAUACGGGCAAAUCACACUAAUACAGUAUGCAGAUGUCUCAUAAGUACUGUCAUAACAUAAGGCCAAAAAAUAAAGUGUGUUGCUCAAGCACCGUGACUGAUGAUCUGAAAUAAAAUCGAGUGUUGGUAUUUUUUUUUCAGAAAAAAAAAUGCUUUAAUUAAAAAAUGAGGACACCAAUAUAUUUGGGGUGUUUUAAAUGGCUACUUUUUAGGUCUAAUAAAUCAAUUUGAUACUCUAACCAUGAAGUCUAUUUCGUGAAUACUUAUUGGAUGAACCGUCUUUAAAUUUCCACUUUCUUAAGAGCACCCCUUCAACAAAAAUAGAACCGUCCCACUGCGACCACGCCCAACAUCGUCCUCAUUCAUGUUUUUUUGUCUUUCAGUCUGACCGACCGCUUUCCAAACGUCACUAUGCAUGGAGGAAAGAAAAUUCUUUCCUCCAUGGUAACAACAAAUUUAGGAUUUUUUUGGCCCACAGUCUUUUGUGAUGUUCUGUAAUGAGAGUAGUUAAUUUAUGAAUUGAUACAAUCUGAAUUUUAAAGCAUUUUUAAACUGAAAAGUGAUUGUGAUUUUUAUAACUUAAUUUUCUAUUGCAAUAUUUUGAUGUAUAUUUCAUUGAAAUUGAAAGAGAUGUAAUGAAUAAAAUUGUAAAAUUUCAA